AUCCUACUGCUGCGCCUCCUUUACAAUCAUUUUUGAUGACUGGCCCUAUGUGCCGUUACGCAUCAGAUCUGAUGCCCGUGUUGAAAAUUUUAGCCGUUGAUCAUGCUAAGAAAUUAAAGCUUAAUGAAAAGGUAGAUUUCAGAGAUCUAAAAAUAUAUUACAUGGAAAAUGAUGGUGGCAAUCCCUUAAUAUCUGCUGUAAAUCCUGAAAUUACAAGGGCUCAAAUGAAGGUGUUGGAUUAUUUUUAUGAAACUUAUGGAGUAAAACCCGAAAAAAGUGAGCAUAAAAAAUAUAAGCAUAGCUUUGAAAUAUGGUCAAAAAUAAUAACUACUUCUGACAUGAAACCCAUUACCGUUGAGAUGACUGGUCGAAAUGGGGAUGCCAACAUUUUCGUUGAACUCAUGAAAUGGCUCUUGGGUGUAUCUGACCAUAUUCUUCCAGUUAUAAUCUCUGCCUUCAUGAACAAGAUUCUGACUCCAAAGACAGAGAAGCAUGCCUGCAAAUUUUACCAAAUGUUGAAUGACAUUGAGAAGGAAUUUGAAAACAUCUUGGGAUUCAACGGCAUAUUCGUCUACCCAACGGGGCCAGACUAUGCGCCAUAUCAUGGCCAGGCCUUACUGAAACCCUUCAACGUUUCGUACACUGCCAUUUUCAAUUUGUUGGGGUUGCCAGUGAGUCAGUGUCCAAUCACUCUGAGUAGCAAAGGGUUACCAAUCGGGCUUCAGAUUGUCAGCGGCCUCUACAAUGAUCACAUUACUAUUGCUGUUGCAGAAGAACUGGAGAAAGCCUUCGGCGGAUGGGUUAGCCCAUCUUCAGAGAUUUGGCAUUCACAUGCAAACACUUCUGCAAAUUAG